AUGUCAGAUAACUUCAACCCAAUUUCUGAGUCAGGAUCUAAUGGCAGCAAUGGGUCAAUUUACCCUAGUAUGACUUCUCUGAGCAAACCAGUUGCCAAACCUACCCUUGUAGCCCCUACUGCUACAACUAUUGAAACCAAAUAUAAUAGUCAUCAGAUUCAAGAUACAAAUGAGCCUGCUACAGCCUCUCAAGCCACUGCAGUGGAUUAUAUGCAAAGUGCACUUGGGAUGGGCCACAUAAUGGAUGGUAUGGGAGAAAACAAUUUGGCUAUUGGCUCCUUUAAGCCUCAAGUUCACAUGCCUAAUGGCCAGAUCUUUCCAAGACCAAACUCAGGCAGCCAGACUAACUUAUUUAAUCGUGGGCAUUCUCUCCAUUCUUUCUUAGUUUGA